UACAGUUAAAUUAUAAUUUUAUUUCUAAUGCACAAUUUAUAAUAUAAAUAUGGCUAAAAUAUUUGUAACACUCUGUACAUUUUUAUAUGCAUAUAUAUACAUAUAUAUGUAAAAACAUUCUAUCGAAUUGAAGUUGCAAAUCUAAUAAUUCUGAAAUGUCGAUAGCAAAAUAUAUCUUGCAGCUCACAUAACUUCGCAUAUCAAAAUAUCAUUUAUUUGUGAUGUAAUAGUUUGCAUUUCACGUGUGUUUAUUUAGUAAAUAUGGAUAACAAACAAAAUAUAUCAAUAACUAAACUAACAAAUGCUGCGGACACUUUGGACAAUCAGUUCAGCUUUGAUGUAGCUCGAAAACGACAAGAUUGUGAUUUGACAACUGAAAAUGUGAAACCGCAUUUUAAGCCUUGGCGUAUUUUCAUCAAUCAUAUUGAUAGCUAUCAUGGAAAGAUAUUAACUGAUGUGCUAUCGGAUACUAUCUACAUGGAUCCUUUAAGUACACAUAUAGACGUUCCGGCGGACGAAGAAAAUAAAUUUGAGUACGAAGGCAACGAGUAUGUAGAAGGAAAUGAGAAAGAGAAAAGAAAGUGGUCGGGCAAGAGCACAGAAGUUCCAAGAAAAUAUGAAGUGAUUGGUACAGUUCUGGAUCGCAAAUAUUCCACCAUCUGGGUAAAACUUAAUUGGGUAUGCCGGAUUUAACGCUCGACUCUGAUUUCUAUCGGACAUAAUUUCUAUCCGGGUUAAGUUGAGGUACAAUUACGGUUUACAUAUUGCCAUUAAAUGAAAUAAACGCUUGAUUUAGAUAUUCAAUAUCAAAACAACUGUUAUUUUAUAUCUUAAUAUAUAAUACAUGACUUAACAUAUAAUAUUUUAUAAAUAAUUAAUUUAUUAAAAUUUUUUUCACAUUUAGGACCUUCACGUUUUUCCAAACUCAUGACUGUAAUGUAUUAUAUUAAAAUAAAAAUCAUACAUAAAACGUACUAAAUUUGGAGUACGCUUGCCAAACUCGAUAAUUACCGCAAAUUGCCGGAUUUAGGCCUUUUACAUUUGCUAGACGUAAACAAAAAAUUAUAUAACUUCUUAUGUAUACAUAUUUAUAUAUUUUUAUUCAUGUUUUUAUAAAAUUUAUUUUUUUAUUCUUUUGUAAAAAUGAUCAAGGUUUGUAUUUGAAUUUAAUUCGGCGUAAGCUAAAUCCGACAUUUCGGAAAUUUUUAUUUGGAAUGCUAUUAUGUAUAUUGUAUUACGAGAAACAGUAAUAAAUUAAAACGGGGGCGAGUGCAAAAUGCAAAGAAAUGUGCAAAUAAAAUGCAUUAAAUUUGUUAGAUCUUGACAGAAUUUGAUUUUCAUUGUUGUUUGACAGUACUUAUGUCCAGAAGAUGUAACGGUCAUUAAUUCGGAUGACAAAGAUCGUUUUUUAUCGGAGUUGAUGAUUUGUGGUGUAAUUAUUUACGACAUUACACAGAAACCAGAUCAAAUCAAGGAGGCACGUUGGGCCUUGGAU